GUUUCUUUUGUUCCACUUUUUGUUGCUUAAAUUAUUUCCCUUAAUUACGUGGCUGCCACCAGAUUGACACUUAUUGAAUAUCUUGCAUAUUGUUAUUGUUCUUGGUAGUUAUAAGACAUCCAUUGCAAGGAAUCAUUAUAGUCUUCAUAAAUGCUUUUCAACUACCUCUUUGAUAUCAAGAAAUUAUUCUUAACUAAAAUUAACCUAUAUUUAAUUAGAAUUAAUUAUUUGAACCGAGAUUUACGUUUUUGGGUCAAACACAAACAAGUUCUUAUAGAUUGUCAUUUCAGAAGUGAUGUGUGAGGUCGGGCCAAUGAGCGUAGUUAAUAUUUUUAAACUAUUGUUUCUAGCCUGAGAAGGUAGAGCUGACUUCUUCAGGGUACACAAAUCUUUCAUGGUAAUGAUUUUUGUGAAACUGAAUAUACAAAUAUGAAUAAAAAGUCAAUUUGUUAUUGCUUAGUUAUUUCCAUGUAAGUUCUAGAUUCUUGUUUAGACUAGUCUGUGUAUUUGUUAUUGCUUCACUUAUACUUGAUAGGAUGGAAUUUGGUUAAGGUCAUACCAGGUGACUGUUGAUGUAUGCCUUUUUCUUGAUUUCAGUAUUUAACUACUAUCUUGAUAGCGAUGUUAGUAUCUCAUUCACUUGAUAUCUUGUGGUUGGGCCAAAACUUCCAUUGUUUAGCCUCAAGAAUGAGGAAGAUCACUGGUGUUGUCCAUAUAUUAUUAGCGUCAUCUUUUUAUCUCUCUUUUUAAUUCUCAAUUUGCAACUACUAUCUUAUCUUUCACCUCGGUUUCUUAGUAUUUUGUUGUUGUUACAACUUGUUGUUACUGUUUCCAGUUGCUGUUAUUAUCUUUUUGGCCCUCUUUGUUGAUAUUGCUUGUUUCUUCUGUGUUUGUUUUUCAUCUUUCUUGAGCCGAGGGUCUAUCGGAAACAGCUUCAGUAGAAAGGGCGUAAGGAAGGACUCUAACUACAAAAGAACUGUAAUGGCCUGUUUUGUCCAAGCAGUUUACCUUCUUGAGAUCGACAGACAAGAAAACAGGACAGCAGAAAAUGCACUUGCUCCAAAAUGGUUGAUACCCUUCAAGUACAAGUUAAUCGAGACUCUAAACGACGAAAGAGAUGGAUCCAUUUUCGGUGCAAUCUUAGAAUGGGAUAGAUCAGCAGCAUUGGCUGAUUUUGUACUAAUCAGACCAAGUGGUGCACCUAGGGCUGUUCUAGCCUUAAGAGGAACACUUUUAAAAAGCCAAACAAUGAGAAGAGAUAUCGAAGAUGAUCUCCGUUUCUUAACUUGGGAAAGUUUGAAAGGUUCUGUUAGAUUCAACGCAGCACUGAAGGCGUUAAAAUCAAUCGCCAACAAGUAUGGAAGCAAUAAUGUGUGUGUUGUAGGCCAUUCACUUGGUGCUGGAUUUGCUCUUCAAGUAGGAAAAGCGUUAGCGAAAGAAGGUAUACAUAUAGAGGCACAUUUGUUCAAUCCACCCUCGGUUUCACUUGCUAUGAGCUUGAGAAACAUUGGCGAAAAAGCUGGUUUCGCGUGGAAAAGAUUUAAAUCAUCAAUGCUCCCGACAAAUACUGAUACUGAAACCAGUUGCAACGAAAAUAUGCCAUCAUUUCGGAUAGGUCUAAAACAAUGGGUGCCUCAUUUGUACAUUAACAAUAGUGAUUAUAUAUGCUGCUCGUAUACUGAUCAAGAUAACGGUUUACAAGACAGGCGCGCUGAUAAGGAGAACGCGAAACCAACAAAUGGACAUUUUGCUGGUGCAAAGCUUUUCUUGUCAUCUAAUAAAGGGAAACAGAAGUUUCUUGAGGCACAUGGAUUGGAGCAAUGGUGGUCUGAUAAUUUGGAACUACAAAUGGCAAUUAGUAACAGCAAGCUUAUUACUCAGCAGUUGAAAUCUUUGUACACUCUUCCUGCUUCUCAACUAACACAAGCGAAGCGCCAAUGAAUUGAAAUACUUCCUUCUUUGUGUGCAUCUUUAUUGUUCAUAUAUUUUUUCUCCUUGCGCUUGUAUUAAAAAUGAAUGUUUCGAAAUUUAUAUAAAGAGA